GAGAGCUCCGUACACCGGGCGCAAACACAUGACGGGUCACGUCCUGGGGGAACCGGGCGGCGGGGCUCACGCGGACGACAACGCCGCCAUCCGCAUCAACGUGGGCGGCUUCAAGAAGCGUCUCCAGUCCGACACUCUCUCCCGGUUCCCCGAGACGAGGCUUGCGCGUCUACUCCACUGUCAGUCCAAAGAGUCCAUACUGGAGCUGUGCGACGACUACGACGACACAGAGAAAGAGUUUUACUUCGAUAGAAACCCGGCUCUCUUCCCCUACGUGCUGAAUUUCUACAACACAGGGCGGCUGCACGUCAUGGCCGAGCUGUGCAUCUUCUCCUUCAGCCAGGAGAUCGAGUACUGGGGCAUCAACGAGUUCUUCAUUGACUCCUGCUGCAGCAGCGCCUACCACUGUAGGAAAAUGGACCAGGACCGAGAAGACUGGGACGAGCGGAGCGAUGAAGGGAGCACCACGUCGUCUUUCGACGAGCUGCUGGAGUUUUAUAACGACGCCACCAAGUUCGACAAACAGCUGCUGGGGAGCGCACGGAGGCGCAUCUGGUUAAUGCUGGACAACCCCGGCUACUCGGUGGCCAGCCGCAUCAUCAGCAUCUUCUCUAUCCUGGUGGUGCUUGGCUCCAUCGCCACCAUGUGCAUGAACAGCAUGAGCGAGUUCAGCCUGUUGGACGGCGAGGGGCAACCCACAGAGGACCCCCGUUUCGAGACUGUGGAGCACUUUGGCAUCGGCUGGUUCACUCUGGAGCUGGUCGCCAGGUUCGUAGUGGCGCCAGAUCUUCUGCAUUUCUUCGAGCACCCGCUAAACGUUAUAGACCUGGUGUCCAUACUUCCGUUUUACCUGACACUCCUUAUAAACCUGGUGGUGGAGAGCAGCCCGGCGCUGGCUAACCUGGGACGCGUUGCGCAAGUGCUGAGGCUGAUGAGGAUUUUCCGCAUUCUGAAACUGGCCCGCCACUCCACAGGGCUGCGCUCCCUGGGGGCCACCCUCCGGAACAGCUACAAAGAGGUGGGCCUGCUGCUUCUCUACCUGGCUGUAGGGGUGUCGUUUUUCUCCGUCAUGGCCUACACGGUGGAGAAAGAGGACAGCGAGGAUCUCUCCACCAUCCCGGCGUGCUGGUGGUGGGCCACCGUCAGCAUGACCACCGUUGGGUAUGGAGACGUGGUGCCGGUGUCCAUAGCGGGCAAGCUGACCGCCUCGGCGUGUAUCCUGGCUGGGAUCUUAGUAGUUGUGCUUCCGAUCACGCUUAUUUUCAAUAAAUUCUCCCUCUUCUACAAGAGACAAAAACAGCUGGAGAUCGCAAUGAGAAGCUGUGAUUUUGACGAGGGGAUAAAAGAGGUGCCCUCAGUCAACCUGAGGAACUAUUACGCACACAAAGUCAAAUCCCUCAUGGCGAGCUUAUCAAACAUGAGUCGGAGUUCACCCAGCGAACACAGUCUGAACGAAUCAAUACACUGAAACGGUUCCAUCAGGGGCACCCGGUCAGCUUGGGUGACGCCGUCCGUUCAAUGCGGCUGCGUGAGGAGCUGUCCGGGGUGCUGAAAGCGCUGGCCCGAAAGCCCACUUCCUUCCACUGGUGUUUGACGGUUUGCCUCUCUGUAGCUCAGUGCAAUAACGUGUUAACCUGUGUGUCAGUGACAUUGAGAAAGUAGGCAAAUGUACAGGACAGCCUGAAUAUAAUAUCUAACCCUGCAGCCCGAAAGACAGUCCCAAAAGGUGUCACACUGUUGUCCACCCUCCAGCUGUACUUGUCCUGAUCACAU